GCCGCGAGGAGAGCGGGCAGAGCCUUCGGAGCCCGCCGCCCGGGCCAUGGCCAAGGCGGGCCGUGCAGGUGGCCCUCCCCCGGGCGGUGGUGCCCCCUGGCACCUUCGAAAUGUCCUCAGCGACUCAGUGGAGAGCUCUGAUGAUGAAUUCUUUGAUGCUAGAGAGGAGGUGGCGGAAGCGAAGAACGCCCUCCUCAUUGGGAUGAGCCAGUGGAACUCCAAUGACCUGGUGGAGCAGAUCGAGACCAUGGGGAAACUGGAGGAGCAUCAAGGAGAAGGGAACGUGCCGUGCACAUCCAGCAUCCUCCAGGAGAAGCAACGAGAACUGUACCGGGUUUCCUUGAGAAGACAGAGGUUCCCAGCCCAGGGAAGCAUCGAGAUCCACGAAGACAAUGAGGAAGGCUGCCCGCAGCGCUCCUGCAAGACGCACGUCCUUCUGCUGGUGCUGCACGGGGGGAACAUCCUGGACACGGGCUCGGGGGACCCGUCCUGCAAGGUGGCCGACAUCCACACCUUCAGCUCCGUGCUGGAGAAGGUCACGCGCGCCCACUUCCCCGCAGCCCUGGGCCACAUCCUCAUCAAGUUCGUCCCCUGUCCCGCCAUCUGCUCUGAGGCUUUCUCACUCGUCUCCAACCUGAAUCCGUACAGCCACGUUGAGGGCUGUCUCAGCAACAGCCAGGACCACGUCCCUCUGGCCGCCCUGGCCCUGUUGGCCAUCUCCUCCCCGCAGUACCAGGAUGCAGUUGCCACCGUCAUCGAGCGAGCCAACCAGGUGUACAUGGAGUUCCUCAAAUCCCCCGAUGGGAUUGGCUUCAGUGGGCAGGUGUGUCUCAUCGGGGACUGUGUGGGGGGCCUCCUGGCCUUCGAUGCCAUCUGCUACAGCGCGGGGCCCUCCGGUGACAGCCCUGGCAGCAGCAGCCGGAAGGGGAGCGUCAGCAGCACCCAGGACACCCCGGUUGUGGUAGAGGAGGAGUGCAGCCUGGCCAGCAGUAAGCGGCUCAGCAAGAGCAGCAUCGAUGUCUCCAGCGCGCUGGAGGAUGAAGAACCCAAGAGGCCAUUGCCACGGAAACAGAGCGACUCCUCCACCUAUGACUGCGAGGCCAUCACCCAGCAUCACGCCUUCCUAUCCAGCAUCCGCUCGAGCGUGCUGAAAGAUGAGGCUGAGCCCCCUGCGGCCGGGGGACCCCAGCUCCCCGAGGUCAGCCUGGGCCGCUUGGAUUUUGAGGUGUCCGACUUCUUCCUCUUUGGCUCGCCCCUGGGCCUGGUCCUGGCCAUGCGGAGGACGGUGCUGCCCGGACUGGAUGGUUUCCAGGUACGUCCUGCCUGCAGUCAGGUCUACAGCUUUUUCCACUGCGCGGACCCCUCUGCCUCCCGGCUUGAACCACUGCUGGAGCCCAAGUUCCACCUGGUGUCGCCCGUCAGCGUGCCCCGCUACCAGAGGUUCCCGCUGGGUGACGGACAGUCCCUCCUCCUUGCUGACGCCCUGCACGCCCACAGCUCCCUCUUCCUGGAGGGCAGCUCCCGGGGCAGCCCGCCGCUGCUGGAGGCCCCUGCCUCGCCCUCUCAGGCCCAGGGGUCCCAGCGCCCGGGGCGGAGGAUAAGCCAGGGCAGCUCCCACAGUGAGAGCUCGGAGUCCUCGGACAGCCUGGCCCCCGUGGGCACCUCCCGCAUCACAGCCAAGUGGUGGGGCAGCAAGCGCAUUGACUACGCCCUGUACUGCCCCGACGUCCUCACCGCCUUCCCCACCGUGGCCCUGCCCCACCUCUUCCACGCCAGCUACUGGGAGUCCACGGACGUGGUGGCCUUCAUCCUGAGACAGGUGAUGCGCUAUGAGAGCGUGAACGUCAAGGAGAGCGCUGGCUUGGACCCCGCAGCACUGAGCCCCACCAACCCCCGCGAGAAGUGGCUUCGUAAGAGGACCCAGGUCAAGCUGCGGAAUGUCACCGCCAACCACCGGGCCAACGACGUGAUUGCGGCGGAAGACGGCCCCCAGGUCCUGGUGGGGCGGUUCAUGUACGGGCCCCUUGACAUGGUGGCCCUGACCGGGGAGAAGGUGGACAUCCUGGUGAUGGCAGAGCCUUCCUCCGGCCGCUGGGUGCACUUGGACACGGAGAUCACCACCAGCAGCGGCCGAAUCACGUACAGCGUGCCGCGGCCCCGGCGCCUGGGGGUUGGCGUCUACCCCGUGAAGAUGGUCGUCAGGGGCGACCAGACCUGCGCGAUGAGCUACCUCACGGUGCUGCCCCGGGGCAUGGAGUGCGUGGUCUUCAGCAUCGAUGGCUCCUUUGCGGCCAGCGUGUCCAUCAUGGGAAGCGACCCCAAGGUCCGGCCGGGGGCAGUGGACGUUGUCCGGCACUGGCAGGACCUGGGCUACAUGAUCCUCUACAUCACGGGGCGGCCGGACAUGCAGAAGCAGCGGGUGGUGUCGUGGCUGUCGCAGCACAACUUCCCCCAGGGCAUGAUCUUCUUCUCGGACGGGCUGGUGCACGACCCGCUGCGGCAGAAGGCCAUCUUCCUGCGCAACCUCAUGCAGGAGUGCUUCAUCAAAAUCAGUGCGGCCUAUGGGUCCACGAAGGACAUCUCCGUCUACAGCGUGCUAGGCCUGCCACCUUCCCAGAUCUUCAUUGUGGGCCGGCCCACCAAGAAGUAUCAGACCCAGUGCCAGUUCCUGAGCGAGGGCUACGCCGCGCACUUGGCCGCGCUGGAGGCCGGCCACCGCUCGCGCCCCAAGAAGAACAGCUCGCGUAUGAUGCUGCGCAAGGGCAGCUUCGGCCUCCACGCGCAGCCCGAGUUCCUGCGGAAGCGCAACCACCUGCGCCGGACCAUGUCGGUGCAGCAGCCGGACCCGCCCGCCAACCCCAAGCCCGAGCGGGCCCAGAGCCAGCCCGAGUCCGACAAGGACCACGAGCGGCCCCUGCCCACACUCAGCUGGGCGCGCGGGCCCCCCAAGUUCGAGUCGGUGCCCUGAGGGCCAGGCUGUGCGCAGAGCAGGGGGGCCCCAGCGGGCUGCCUUCUCCCCGGCAGACACAGACAGGCCUUUUCCUGCUUUUUCCCUCCCGUGUCUGUCCAGCAGCGUCCAGCCAGCGAGGGGGGCAGGACCCUGCCUGGCCUUGGGGGGCUCCCUGGGCUGCGAAGGGGUGAGAUCCAGGGGUCUCAGUGCAGUCACUGCUGUUCCACGCCUGCAACGCAAGCCCCAGCUAGGGUGGGUGUUUGUGUCAUCCCGGGGGCAGGCCUGCCCGGAGCCGGAGUGUUUGACAAAGUCGACCAUCUUUCUGAGUUCCUGAGGCUUCCGCAGCGAUGCUAGGCUGGCCCUAAUGGGAGGAGCCCCCACACCAGGGACCAACAGCCGCUGGCAAGUACAGCUUCUCGGCUGCCUGCUGGAGGGUCGAGUGGCAUUUGUGCCCGCCCUCCGUGUGGCGUCCCGGGUCACCAUCCUGGGCCUGGCUCUCCUGUGGCAAAGUGGCCACGUUCUGGGAGCGAGAGGAUGUCCCCUGGGCUCAUCCUGUUUGAGUUGUUUGCCCACGGCCCUUGGGGGGCGGGGUCUGGUGCUGACGGUCUGUCCUCCUGCAGCUGUCCAUUGUCCCCUCUUUCUUGUCCUCAGUAUCCUCACCUUUCUCCCAUGGCCGUUGAGGACAUUUGUGCCUCUUCCCGGAGUCCUGCCUGGUGCCCUCCCCUGUGAGGCUGUGGCCCUGGGUUCUGGCCUAGCUGGGCUGGCUGUGAGCCCUUGAGCCUGUUGUUUGCCCUCUCUGGGCCCUGCCUGCCUUCUGUAAUUGGAGGGGUCUCCCCAGCUGAGAUUGGUGGGAGUUCUUGACUCCUAGGCUGUCCUGCACUUCUGCCUUCUGAGGCUUUUCAGGCCUAAGAGCCCCGCAGAGUGCCCACUGAUCUAUACCUUCCUUGCAGACUAAGAGAGGGGCUGGGGCAGGGAGGGGGGGGCAGGAGGGAGCCGCCGUUGCCCCACCACUUCCAAGGAAGCCCCUCUGUGGGUUUGCUGGGAAGGGGUCCCUGCUCCAUAGAGAGGUUUGCUUUGCACUGAUGUCCAAACCUGGUGUCCCAGGGACAGAGACAUUCCCCAAAGGGCACUGGUCGGGCUCUCCCUCCCCAGCUCUGCUCAGAGUGAUUUGUCCCUUUGGCUCCUGGAAGGCAUAACAGCUGAGGUCCCAGAGCUCCGGGGGUUCAUGUAAUUUUGGCUCAAACUGUUGUGUUCUCUUCCCUUCCCCUGCCACUCAGCUUGGUUUGGUGCCCGUAACCUCCUCUUGGGUCAUCCCCUGAGGUUGGCGGGCUUGGCUCUCCUGGGGCCCCUCAAAUUCGGCCCAGGCCUUCCUCCUGCUGAGCCCCUGGCCCAGGCGUUGGUCUCCUGCACUCCC